AUCAGCUUCAGGAUGCUUAAAUAUUAGAAAUUUUGAGGAUAUCGAAGCGGCCAUCGUUCAUAAUACGACUAAUUAUUAUAAACUCGUUUCUGCAACAAUGUUUAUCUUAUUUUAUUCUGUCGGAGAAGAUUGUGAAGCCAAAUAUGAUACAAUUAAUGAACCGAGAAAAACUCCAACGCUUUUUCAAAUAAUGUUUUUGAGUGAAGGAAUACCUUGUCAUUUACAAGUUUGGGAUAUUGGAUGGUGA